AUGGAAAAAAACUAUUCAAAUUCUAAUAGUAAUAGUAGAAGUGUGAUUGAUGAAAGUCCUGCUGAAAUGGAUGAGGGAAUUUUCCAAGAACCAAUAAAAGAAGUUUCAAUAACUAUACUUAAAGAAUUAGAGAUAACAAAUGAAGUUAAAAGAGAUUAUCAAGAUCUAUCAUCAGUUCCACUUAUUUUUGAUAAAAUUCCAGCAAUGAGAGUAUUGACAACAGUUCUUUCUGUUGUAUUUCUAUCUUUAGGAGUUAUAGAUUGGUUACUUGAACAUGCUAUACUAGGAGUAACAGCACUGGUAUUAUCUGUUUUCAUAUUCUAUUAUAGAUGUAGUGAAUUAAAUCGUCAAGCUAAUGCUAUAAUGUUGUGGGUACUAGCAAUAAUAGCUUCUAUUAUAUCUUGGAAUUAUGUCUCCAGUAAUGAAAAUAAAAAUCCAAUUUUUAACAAUAUACUCAAUUCUUAUAUGAUAUUUCAAUUUAUUCUUAUAUUAUUUAUAACAUUAUGGAUGUUACUUACAAUAUCAACUGGUCAUAAAAUAGUACAUGAAAUAUAUAUAAAUGAUGAAGCACAUAUAACACAAUCACCAAUAUACUUUGUAUUUACACGCUUCUGUCUACUUGAUUGGCAUGUGUUUCUUAUGACAAUUGAGUUUACAAUUUCUAUUAUAUAUAUAAUACAAGGAUCCUAUGUUAUUGCUAUUAUUCCAUUCCUCAGCUUUUUAGUAUCAUUUGUAUACACUAUAACAAAAAGAAGAACAGCUCUUCAAGUGAUUGAAAUAUUAACUCCAAUAUUUAUUAUUGUAUUCAUUGUGUUACGUAUGAUGUUACCAUGGUUAACAACUCCUAGAACUAGAUUUGUUCUUGAAGUUGAGUUUAUUAUGGCAGCAGUUUCAAAACAAAUUAUUGGUCUUGCUUUACUAAUCAUGCCAAUACAAAAAUACAAAAUAAUAACUAAUUGUGAUGCUAAUUACUAUGUUACACAUGUACUUUCACCUAACUUUACUAAAACCUCCUUGGUAAAAUCAAAUAAUGAUAUGGAUCCAUAUGUAUUAGAUGAUAGUCCAUCAUAUUUACUUACUAUCAAUGAACAGCUUUCUCUAAUUAAAGAUAAUGAUUCUGCAUUACUAUGUGAAUUACAGGUAGCUGAUCAGGAAAUUAUACAAAAUGAUAACAUUACUCCUGAAGACAAUGAGUUUGACAACCAUAUUACAUUACUGGAGGAUAGCCCUAUAUUUAGUCCUACAGCAGAAAAUAUAACUUCAAGAAUAGAUAAACAAGAACACUCUAGUGAGAAGUCUAUUUAACCCUUUAAUUGAACUCUUUUUAUCACUUAUUAAGAGUUUAGAGGAAAUUUCUAAUUU